UCAUUCAAAGAAAUUCCGGAGGAUAGGAAAUGGUGCUUAUCUUCAAAAAGAAAUGUGGAAGAUGUUCUCUAUGCAUACACAUUAAAAUUGAAAGCUGAGAAUCCAGCUCAUUCUUUUAUUAUUGACACAUCAGAUGAUAACAUAAAAAAUUUAUUUAACGAAAACGAAUGGGAAGAAAUUAUGAAUGUUAAUAAGAAAGUUGUACAGCCAUUGACAAACAAAUAUGAAUCUCUGAAGAAUCGAUUGAUGCAACCGCAUGCGAAAGGGUGGUAUGCAGUCAAUAUUUGGGGUAUGUUAAUUGAUAAGGCUUUCUUAAAUGUCCCCGAUAUAGACCUUGUCCGUGAUGAGACGUGUAGUGUUGCAUCAAUCAACAACUAUGAAUAUGGAGGGAUUGAAGUCGCGAAAACAUGUCGAGAUCCACAUGAAAGAAAACAAUUAGGCGAUUCAUUGAAACUCACAAAACUCCUCAAAGAUAUAUUUCACUAA